GGGUGGCGCUCACCAUUGUGCCACAGAAGCCCUGAUACUACACAACCUCUCUACCUUUGCUUUAAGCCCUCCGAUCAAACACCGCUCAAGCAAUCUUGUGGGACACAAAUGGACCAAGGCGAAUGACGGGCGGCUUCUUUCUAGCGCCACCUUGCGCGCCGCUUGGGAUUAGCCAGUAUACCUAGCACGAAUGGGUGGUGGACAGGCGCUUCGUGAUGUCCUGCAUAACUACGUCAGCAAAGAGAUCAGCUUGAAACAAGAACCAGAUGCGGCCUCCUCCAUGGCUCCAACGCCUUGCCUCUUCAAUGUGCGCGUCUCGAGCAAUCGCCAGCUCGCUGUACGACCGGUAGUGCAAAAUCGCAUCGAUCGAACUUAUGCCGCCAUACGCGUGUUCGGGUACGGUGUUGAUGGCAAGCUCAUCGCAGCCCGGGGGUUUCGCUCUAGCGAUAGCUUUAGUAGUUGAAGGCCGGUCAUCUUAUCGUUGGCUGAUGCUCAACAGCACACUGCAUCCGAGGACGCUAGAUCGUCAUUCCUGUCGGUUAGACGAGAUACUUUGCCACUUAAUCGUGCAUCAGACUGAAAGAAUACCGAGAAAAGCUGGUCGUUACCGUUGUACAUCGCUCCAAGCGCGGGGAACGGCAAUGAGUAGGAAGAAGAGAGCCAUAACUACCUAUAGUGCGGUGCGUUGUUAGACUCAGAACCUCCGAUCGGACCCAAUAUGGGAAGGUAUAAAAAGUGUCUGUCAAGCUCGCCUACUUUAUGCAGUCUCGCGCAUUCACGCUUGGGCCACAGUGGUUAAACUGCGAACGUCGCAAGGGUGAGC